AUGGCGGGCGCGCCGCCGCGGAGGUCGGACGUCGACUUCGCCGAUGUCUUCGGCGGCCCGCCGCGCCGCUCGUCGGGGAACGAGCAGCGCUCGCGCCGCGGCUCGCUAGACAGCUCGUCGUUCGGGUCCGCGACGAGGGCGCGGAGCGGGGGAUCGGACACGCCCGUGUUCGGGGACCGGGGGAGCUCUGAUCGAAGGAGGCAUCCCGGGGAGGACUUUUACAAGGACAUAUUCCCCGGGAGCGAGGCAGCGUCGCCCAGGCGGGGCGGCGCCGGGGAUUGGGGGGAUGUGUUCGGCGGGCCGGCUUCGCCUGUCUCCACGGCCCGCCCGCGAUCGAGCUUCUCCAUGCGGGUCAACAGAGGCACGGACGGUUCAGUGCCUACUUCUCCCUCUCGGCAAAUAUCCAACAGAAACGAUGAUGGGACACCUUAUGCUUACAGUGUUCCAACUUCCCCCAAUGCAUCCAUGAAUAAUUACCUUGCCCAAGGGGCAGCCCAACGACAUUCAAAGAAGAAUCCCUUCUCUUGGCAUCGCUAUCCAUUCCUAUCUAGGUUCCGUUCUCAAAGUGGAGAAAAGAAAAGCACAUCUAAUUAUGUCAGCUCCAUGGACAGUGAAUUUGAAGAGACUCCUGUUAACUUGGAAAGUAUCAUGGCCAAUAACAAGUUCCAUUUUUCCUUCUAUAAGUGGGCAAGCAAAGGAGCCUUGUUAGUGUUGCCAGCUACUGCACAAGAAAAGUCUGCAGACAUUAUUGGACUGAGAAGCUUCCCUCAAGUGGUCGUUCAAGGUAUUGAUCUGAUUGAUUAUGAAGACAACAUGUCAACUGCCACUGGAACAUCCAAAAGUCAGACAGAUUACGAAGAUUCCAAAUCUGGAAAACAUAGCACAAACUCAGUAACCAAGGAUGGAGCUAUUCCUUUACUCUCCGAGGACUACAUGCAAGGAACGAAACAGAGCAAUGAUCAUACAAAGAAUGAUGUUUCAUCAGCUAGCCUGAGUUCUAAAAUUUCUCGAUCACCUUCAGAAAGAAGUCGUAGUAGCAGGUUAAAGGAAAAGGUGAAGGGUUUUAUAAAACUGUUUAGCCCUGAGAGUUCACCAAAGCGCAAACGAGCACUGGAAACACAAGGCCAAACAUCUGUCGGGAAAAAUGGAAGCAAAACUGAACUGCAAGAUAAGUUUAGCAUAUCCAGUUUGGAGGCCAAUGAGGAUGUGGAAACGGCACAAAUGAACAGCCAGAAUGCUUUUAUCGCUGAACCUUUUCCAAUGAGUGAAGUGCAAGAGAGGAUGGACAAACCAGUUCUGUCAGAUAAUAGUAAAAUGGAUACAGCUAUAGGAAGUAAUGAAGCCGCUUCUAAUGAGUCCAUCCAUGAUCAUACAAAAGACAAAGCAGACAACACAAUAGAGCAUGAGGACACACACAUUGAAGAUCUUGAUGGAUGUGUGGUUGAGCAUUUCUCUGAAGAUCCUGUUCUUCAUAAUGAUCAGGAAAAGGAGCUAAUAAAGAUAUCAGAAUCUAAAAUCCGUGAAUGGUCAAGAGGAAAAGAAGGAAAUAUUAGGUCAUUGCUUUCAACACUGCAAUAUGUCCUAUGGCCUGAGAGUGGAUGGAAACCUGUUCCUCUUGUUCAUAUAAUUGAAGGAGCAGCAGUCAAGAAGGCUUACCAGAAAGCACUAUUAUGCCUUCAUCCUGAUAAGUUGCAGCAACGAGGCGCUGCCAUGCAUCAGAAGUAUAUAGCAGAGAAGGUUUUUGAUAUUUUACAGGAAUCAUGGAAGGAAUUCAAUUCAAUCACUUUUGGAUAG